GAUUUGCAAUAGAAACGACAUGCAUAAAUAUAUGUUGUUAAUCCAUGUUUUAAUGUGUAUAUGCCGAAUAAUCGAAACAAGAAAAACAAAUGCACGUUGAAGGCACGGGCUACAAAACAAACAUUGUGUGUUGUUUGAAAGGUGGCCUGUUCCAACAUUGCCUUUCAUGCUGGCAUCACUGCGUUUGAGACGAAUCAUAAAAAUCACUUCAAAUUCACACUCUACGAAACUUCACUCAACACUUGAACAGCAGCAACAACCCACAGAGCCUCUCACAACAACCCAGCUGAAAACCCUUGUUCUCAACAACUACGCUAAUGCCAACUUCACUAACCUCAUCCAAAACGUCGUCGCUUCACCCGCCGUCCUUUUCACCGCCUCCCAUAACAUCUCCACCACACCCUUUCACCCCCACCCCCACCGCUUUUUCAACUUCGAUUCCUUGGUUCAAGAGCUUCGCCAAAACCGCUUCGAUGUCGCUGCUUGCUGCGUUUCACUCAAAUCCUUCAAUUCUCCCCUGGUUUUGCCCAAUUUGAAACUCAAGGUGGUCAUUGAAGCCCUUAGGAUGGUGUUGGAAGCUGUGUAUGACCAACGGUUCGUCACGUUUUCCUAUGGUGGACGCGUUGGUAUGGGAAGACACACUGCUAUAAGGUACUUGAAAAAUACUCUUCAAAAUCCUACUUGGUGGUUUACUGUUAGGUUUAGGCCUCACCAAUUUGAACCUGCUCAUGUCGAUAACUUGUGUUUUUUCAUUCAAAGUAAAGUCAAAGAUUGUGAUUUCAUUCAUUUGAUUAAGAAGCUCUUUGAGUGUAAAGUUUUGGUCAUUGAAUUGGGUGGGAAUUCUCUGGGAAAGGGCUCUCCUCAGGAAUGUGGGCUGUGUUCAAUUUUGAUGAAUGUUUACUUUGAUGGCUUUGAUAAAGAGAUUCAAGAGACCCGGCUUCGGGAAAAUCAAGAGAGUCCGAAGAUGGUUGAUUCAGGUUUCGGAUCUGAUGUGUUUUACAAGCCAGUUAAGGUGUAUGCUGUUAGGUAUUUGGAUGAGAUACUGGUUGCUACUUCAGGGGGUUCCAAAUUGAUGGCUAUGGACUUGAAGAUGAAAGUUGUGAAAACUUUGGAGCUUGGUUUAAGUUUGUGUGUUGAUAAAUUGAACACGGCAAUUCAUAGUGCUGUGUCAGAGAAGAUUGAGUUUCUUGGGAUGGAAUUGCAGGCUGUUCCGCCAUCGGUUUUACGCCCGCCUAUGUCAGAGAAAGCGAUCCGGGCACGCAAGAAGUACCUUAGACAAAAGGAAGUUAGAUCUCUUGAGUUCCGAAAUGCUAGAGCAAGGAAUAGGAGGAUAUUAGGGUUGAAGAUAUUUAAUCAUGUUUAUAAGAAGAUGAAGCAAAGUGACGGGUUUAAGUUUGACUUCAGUAUUGAAAACGAAGUCCGUGAGAUUUUUAAAUCUUGGGCAGAUGAAGUAGUGCAAGAGUUCUUGGGGAGUGUGGAUGAGUGUCAAGAAUGGCAUCGGAGUUUAACGGCUGGGGAUUUCCUUUCCUUGAGACACAUUAGAAAUCAGUUACCUCCUGAGCUUGUUGAUGCUUAUGAUAACUUCCAAGAACAGGUAGAUAAACAUUUGAAUCCUGUAAAACUCAGGAAAGUACUUGAGGACAAAGAAAGAAGAGAAACGCAAAAGGAAGAACAAAAAUACUCAAAAGGAACGGUUGAGGAUUUGACUAGGUUUUGUACGAAAGUUGAUGCACCAGUAUUACUCAUAAGAAAAGCUGUUAGGUUGGUUGCGUUUACGAAUCAUAUGGGCCGUCCAAGGCCUAUUGAUUUCCUUGUCGCUCUUGAGGAUGCUGAUAUUAUCAAGUGGUAUGCUGGCAUAGCAAGAAGGUGGCUUGACUUCUAUUGCUGUUGCCACAACUUCAAGGUGGUCAAAACUAUUGUAAGUUAUCAUUUGAGGUUCUCUUGCAUCUUGACAUUAGCAGAGAAGCACGAGUCCACUAAGCGUGAAGCUAUAAAGCAUUUCAGCAAAGAUUUGAAAGUCUAUGAUAUGAACGGAAAUGAUGAAGUGAAUUUUCCCACGGAAAGGGAGGUUAAGAUGAUGGGAGAUAGAAAUCUUUCGGAUCCAAAACCUGUAGACGGGGUUUUAUCAUUGGCUAUAGUAAGGCUGGCAUCUGAUGAGCCUCCAACACAUUGUAUUGCCCAUUUCUGUGACAAGACAACAACAGUAUUUUAUCGGAUCCGAUUGCUACAAAACAGUUUGAAUGUGAACCCAUUGGAGAAUGAAAAAUGGGUGCAAGGGAUGGGCGUAAUUCAUGAAAGCCUGAACCAAAAGUGCUUCCCUCUCUGUACGGAUCAUGUACAUGAUUUGUACUUGGGGAGAAUCACUCUUCAAGACAUUGACUGCACCUCUUGUGUGGAUGUGGACUGACUGCCAAUUGCUGCAGCUAACUCUUUUCUUUUCUACUUUGAUUGACUUCAAUGAAAAUGUGCUAUGCAAGUAAUAGUUGCAACGAAGUCCAAUUUUCUCAAUCAUUGGUAGCUGAAAAGUUAGGCAGUCUCCAUAUUCGCCAACAUAUUUUUGCUGUAAUGUUAUUUUUUUUCUUCAUGUUUUAUUUUUGAAUUUAGGCCAUUCCCAAGACCAAAAUAGGUAUCAGCUGUGCUGUAUUUGAUUUUUUUCCUUACCAUUUAACAUCUAACUGUGAAACUUUAAUGUAGAAUGGAUUAGGAAACCAGACUGUAUUUGCAGAAAAAGAAAUGACUAAGAAAUGGUAAUGUGUUUGAGAAGACACUUCUUUGCCCUGCGGCAAUGGCCACACCCAAAGUUUAGUUUGACUGUUGACAAAGACCUAUCACAUUCAUAUCUUCUUUCUAUGUUUCUUCACCUACUACAAGUACUUGAAUACACAUUAUUAUUUCCAGGGAUCUCUUCUGCUUUCCCUGCAUCUGCCUUUGUUACUAAUUUUGACUUUGAAAAUUAGAGCUCUUUAACAUUGUUACUGGUUCUAACAAAAAAACACAUUGUUACUGGUUCUAACAAAAAACACAUUGUUACUGGUUCUAACAAAAAACACAUUGUUAAUGGUGCUAAUGUUUUGUUACUUAUUUUUCCUGACUUGUGGUCAUUAUUCUGGACCAUUGUAUAUCACUCAUUAUUUGCAUUCAUUUGAUUAUACUCAGAAAUUGUUUCAUCAUUCAAGUCAAAUGCACAUUCUUCUAUAAGAACAGAAGUAUGCCUAAUGUGUUAUUCUCUUCUAUUUUUUUAAAUAUAUGUCCUUUGUUUUUCAAUGAUUGUUCUUUUUUAAAUAUAUGAUGCAUAUUUGUUUGGACGAGGAUCAUGGUAUAGUAGUUCUACUUAGAUUUCUGUAUAUUUCUUUUUCUUUCUGCAUUUGUUAACAUAUACAGCGCUGAUGCCUUGUUGAAACAUGAGAACGAAAAGCGCAAUCUGUGCUUCAUGUUGCACAGGAGAUGCAAAUGAACUGUUUUGCAUCUGACAAGACACAGGUUUGAGCCCUAGGGCGAGACAAAUGUACGUCCUUUGUGGCUCUGCAAGUCUAGAGGCUUUUCCUGUCAUGGGCUGAUACACCAUCUCCUUGCACCAAAAUUUAUAUGGAAAAAAGCUAUAGCAAAAAUCUAUUAUAAUUGCAAGCUUUGUUAACUGUUUAAUAGUGAACUAUCAAUUGAAUACUGCCUUUGAUCUGGCUGCAUGCCUUAUACCGAAGCUUGCUUU